GCUGGACUUUAAAAAAGAAAGAAAAAAGCGUAUCAUUUGGCGGCUUCUUGCUGUUAUUUUUCACAUUACGCAAAGUUUUUAUUGGGGGCGCAGGUUUUAAUGCGAGACUCUUUCAUGUGAGUCGCGUGUUUGUUUGCUGAUAAUUAAUUAAGCCUCAAGGAAACAUGAACGUCUCCUUCUUCAAUGUGACACAGGGCGUGCUCUUCAACGGCAGCCAGGCUCUCGCCGGGACUCUGGCGACAUACUCCGGCAACGGCACCGACCUCAUGGUGACCGGCGACGGUGGAGGGUCUUUGGUGCUGGUUCAAGACGAGCGCAAACUCUUCGUCAUGCGUGUGGUUCAAAUCGCGGUGCUGUGUGUGUUGUCACUCACCGUCGUGUUUGGUAUUUUCUUCCUGGGGUGCAACCUGAUGAUCAAAUCGGAGAGCAUGAUUAACUUCCUGGUGAAGGACCGGAGACCCUCCAAAGACGUGGAGACGGUCAUGAUCGGACUCAGCUAGAGCAUGGAGAGUUGGCACUGCGGAGGACUGGAGCGGAGUUCCGGUGCAGGAUCUGCAUCUGCAUGUAUUUCUCGAAGACGCCCUCCAUGUUGUCCUAGUGAGGGAAUAUAUGCAAAGACUUCUCCUUCUAAAAAAAAAAGGCUACAGCGGCCAGCGACCAAUGUUCAUGCGUAAAGUGUGUGCGUAAAACGAAAAAGCGGGAAUUGUUUACAAAUGGGCCUGUUGAAUGUUUUGAGUGAAUAUAAUGUUGCCAAUUUGAACAAAGUGAUGAUAAUGUUUACAAGCUGUUACCUCAUUUUUUUGGUUAAACUUUUUUUUUUCUCCACUUUUUGGUAAAGUUGAAAUGUUUGUAAGUGAAUUCUUUUAAAAACUGUUGAACUGCAUGAUUGUGCAUUUCUUUCCACGCCUGGCAGUGUAAUAUAUAUAUUUAUGGACGUGAUGGUCAUGUAGGUAUUCUGGAA